CUGCCGCCACCGGGUGUCCAUGGCCCGCACCCCCAAGCUGCCACUGUAGCAGUCAGAGUGGCAGCUGGAGGUUCGGUCCAUGCCGUGCCCCCUAGACAGUGCUGGCAAGGCUGAGCAAGCAGCCUCUGCAUCUUGACACCUAGGAGAGCAGGGACGGAGUCUCUCCAGGCCGGAGGACCAUGCUGCGCCGCAAGCCCUCCAACGCCAGUGAGAAGGAGUCCACUCAGAAGAAAAAGCUCUCCCUUCAGCGCUCCAGCAGCUUCAAGGAUUUUGCCAAAUCCAAACCCAGCUCUCCCGUGGUGAGCGAGAAGGAGUUUAACCUGGAUGAUAAUAUUCCAGAAGAUGACUCAGGUGUCCCCACUCCAGAGGAUGCUGGGAAGAGUGGCAAAAAGCUGGGGAAGAAGUGGAGGGCAGUGAUUUCCCGGACCAUGAACAGGAAGAUGGGCAAGAUGAUGGUGAAGGCCCUAUCAGAGGAGAUGGGAGACACUCUGGAGGAGGGCUCAGCCUCCCCGACAUCUCCAGACUACAGCCUGGACAGCCCCGGCCCUGACAAGAUGGCGCUGGCUUUUUCAGAGCAGGAGGAGAGUGAACUCCCUGUGCUUAGCCGCCAGGCAUCGACGGGUAGUGAGCUCUGCAGCCCCAGCCCCAGCUCAGGCUCUGGCAGCUUCGGGGAGGAACCACCUGCUCCCCAGUACACAGGGCCCUUCUGUGGCCGGGCACGAGUCCACACCGACUUCACCCCCAGCCCCUAUGACCACGACUCGCUGAAACUGCAGAAAGGAGAUGUGAUCCUCAUCACUAAAAAGCCACCCGUGGGCACAUGGCUGGGCCUGCUCAAUGGCAAACUGGGCUCUUUCAAAUUCAUCUACGUGGAUGUGCUGCCCGAUGAGGCCGUGGGGCCUGCCCGCCCCAGCCGCCGACAGAGCAAGGGCAAGAGGCCCAAGCCCAAGACUCUGCAUGAGCUGCUGGAGCGCAUCGGCCUGGAGGAGCACACAUCCACCCUACUGCUCAAUGGCUACCAGACUCUGGAGGACUUCAAAGAGCUGCGAGAAACACACCUCAAUGAGCUGAACAUCACGGACCCCCAGCAUCGGGCCAAGCUGCUCACGGCUGCUGAGCUGCUGCUGGACUAUGACACCGGCAGCGAGGAGGCAGAAGAGGGCGCUGAGAGCAGCCAGGAGCCAGUGGCACACACGGUGUCAGAACCCAAGGUGGACAUCCCACGAGACUCCGGCUGUUUCGAGGGCUCGGAGAGCGGGCGCGAUGAGGCAGAGCUGGCUAGCACCGAGGAGCAGCUGCAUGGCCUCUCCCUGGCUGGGGCACCUUGAGGUAGAGGUGGCCCAGGCCGAGGCUGGGCCCAAACUGCAAAGGCCACAGGGACAGGCCCAGCCUCCCGCAGUGGCCUGGGCCCAGGAGACUGGUGCCGAGCCUGGCCCUGCUUCCCCAGGGGCGCUUAGGGCCACAGAGGUCUGAACAGGGCCCAACAGGCUCGGCUGAAGUGGAUGAGGAGCUGCCCAAGGGCACAUCCCACCUGCCCGAAUGCCUCCCUCCACCAGCGACUGAUGGCACAGCCCCUCCUGGCACCACCCACUCCUUGGCCACUGCCACAGCAAGUGGGGCACUGAGGGACCUCGCCCAUAUCCCUGCACCACCGAGGCCCCCAAACCUCCUCACUCCCACACCACCUACCCCUCUUGCCCUGCUCCUGAAAAGGGGGGGCAAGUCAGUAUUUCAGGUCAGUCUCAAAACCCUAGGGAAGCUGGCUCUUUAAAAGGACCCCAACUGAUCCCGGGUAAAUCCAGACUUCCCUAAAUAAGGUCUGAAGAAAGCCACGUGCACUAGUCCAGCUUUCCUUCUCCUUAACUUUCUUAGAGGUUUGGCCACUAAAUCCCAUGAGACUUGAACCAAGUGGUUUCCCUUUCUGGGCUUGGGACUGGUUGGGGUUAGAAUGGGUAGUCACUGAAGGCCGUGCCAGCUCUGACAUUCUGUGACAUUAAAUGUCUGCUCUCCUGUUACCUGUGGCCUGGGACACCAGAGGGGUUUAUCACAGGGGCCAGAGGGGCCUCAGGCUUUCAGAUGAAAUGGCUCCUCCUGCUCAUCUGUUUUAUCCCUCCCCACAUAACUCGGGACAAGCUGCAACUUCCCCCAGCUUAAAACAAUGCCCACACCUCAUCACAAUCUGUCCCCUCCUUUUCUAUUCCUGGCCCCCUCAAGCGAGACUUCCAGCAAGGCUGAUGGCAGGUGGUCAGACCUGGCUUCCAGGGACAGAAAUGCCCCUCAGAAGCCAGAUGCAGGUCUGGGUCCAGCCUUGGCCACUUGUGUAGGUCUUUACAAGCAAAAAAAAGCACUACACUUGACAUUGGGGAGUCUGCUACCCCGACUUCGCUUUGCUAAAGUUUUGGUGUCACGAAGCUCGAGAAGGAAAGGAGAGUAGCUGUUGGUGGGGGCUUCCCUUGACCCCUGUACCAAGUCUGUGCCCUGAAUUCUCAGAGUAGCCCUUCCCUGGUGCCCAACUGGCCUGAGGACAAACAGUGCCCACUACAUGUAAGACUGCCUGCUUAGUGGACACACUUCUUGACCUCCUACCAGGAACUUUGGUAGAAGUUAGCUUUGGGGAAGGGCUUGGGUGUAAAUAUGAGGGGGUGGAGGGAGACAAGCUGGUAGCAAUAAACAUGGGUAGAACUGAA